UGACCCGGAAGUUCCUCUGUUAUUUCUUGACACGUAGCGAGCGGCGUUGGCGGAGUCUCUUGCGGUUAUCAGUCCUGCUUGCAAUGUCAGGGUUUGACAAUUUAAACACAGACUUUUAUAAGUCUAGUUACAGUGUAGAUGAUCAGAGUCAAGAAGGAUAUGCCUACACGAACCAAGAUGACCCCUACAACAGGCAGUAUGGUCAGUACCAAUACUCGCAGCCCAUGGGGUACUCGGCGGGUCCAGGAAUGAUGCCGGACCAGCUGGCAUACUCGGGCCAGAUCUUUCAGCCCACACCAGCAUUCACGCCCGCCGCCUCACAGUCCAUGUACGGCAGUAGCUUUGAAGACGAACCCCCUUUACUGGAGGAGUUGGGGAUCAACUUCGACCACAUCUGGCAGAAGACGCUGACCGUCCUGCACCCAUUAAAAGCAGCAGAUGGCAGUAUAAUGAACGAAACAGACCUGGCUGGUCCCAUGGUGUUCUGUCUUGCUUUUGGAGCAACGCUACUUUUGACGGGUAAGAUUCAGUUUGGUUAUGUGUAUGGCAUCAGUGCCAUCGGGUGUUUGGGUAUGUACUGCCUGCUCAACCUCAUGAGCAUGACCGGCGUCUCAUUCGGGUGUGUGGCCAGUGUGCUCGGUUACUGUCUGUUGCCCAUGAUCAUCCUGUCCAGCUUAGGAGUCCUGCUUUCUUUACAGGGCAUGAUGGGUAUUAUUCUUACAGCCGCCAUCAUCGGUUGGUGCAGUUUUUCGGCCUCAAAGAUUUUCAUCUCUGCUUUGGCCAUGGACGGACAGCAGCUGCUGGUGGCGUAUCCCUGCGCUCUGCUCUACGGGGUCUUUGCGCUCAUCUCUGUGUUUUGAACUCUGGACCUCUUUUAAUGGACAAAAUGACCACCUGUACACAACACAACAAACAACCCUUUAUUCAAGGACUGCUUUUUGUGUAACACCCACCAAACACCCUCUCCUAACGGAGUGCGUUUUUCACCAUCUGAGCGAAUGUGGCAUUCAUUUAGUCUGCUUUGUUUUUUCUGGCCCACCUACUCUGAGAAUUGUUUGUGCUUGUUAUGUAACGCAGGUUAAUACUCGGCUCUUGAGGUGGGGUUUAUGCGUUUUCUAUUCUGUUGUUCGCUGCAAAUCAGGCACGUUCGACAAAUCCAGAAAACUUCAAAUGAAGUGCGCGUGUCAGAGAGAAGAAUGUGUAAUCCGUGUGAAGGGCACAGCUCUCCUCCAACACUAUGAUUUCAUCGUUUUUUUGUCAUUCCAGGCAAAUAUCUCACUCCAGAACAUCCUUUGCAAGAUACACGUGCUCGACUGUGGUUUCAUUUCUUGAGUUCAUUUUUUUUUCUUCACAUUCCUUAAUUACUGUCCAUUGUUGGGCCUGUGCUCUUUCAUACGCUUGGGUCAGUAGAGUGCCUACACGAUGAAGAUCUCACAUUAUGUAUUAGUCGAAUUGAAUGGAAAGAGGGAACAAAAAUGAUGCGUUUUUUGAUAACUUAUUUUAAUUUGAUAAAUAUUCAUUUAAAUUGAACUGUAAUAUUGUGCAUCGUUUGUAAUGGAUUGUUUUUUUCUAAGUGCAUUAACCCCGUCACACAAUCUCAGCUGUUCUUCUCUCCUGAUUGAAUUCCGUCUUAAUGUUUUGAUAUUUUCAUUCAAUUGUUUAUCUUUUGACUGGAUGCAAAGUCUUAGUUUAGUAUCAUUUUAAAUCUCUUUCCAGGUCUUGGACUUGUUUGACAUUUGAAAAUGUCCAGGAGCCGCAAGGUCCUCUCAGACAGUCCCGUGUAUUUAUAUGCCAUAAAACUUGUUUUGUAUAUCCAGAAGAGUACACGUUUAUAUCAGUUCUGUCUUGUGCAAGUGGUGGGAGUUACAAUAGUGCUGUUUUACAGGCCGUUUUAAAGAAAUAAAAAUGCAUUCUGUUGGAAUAUA